AUGUCUAAAGGCAUACUUGCGGGUAUACUUGAUGACGUUUCAAGCCCUUCGGAUGUCAUAGGAUCCUGCCAAGCCGAAGUCUGCACCUGGGAACCGUAUCAAACGCUUGCAGUAUGCUCUUUUGUUGAAGACAUUUCCGCAGACGGAGCCAUGGAUGAGCCUGGGCCUUAUUCUCCAGAUGGUUCACGUAUGUAUUAUGUCGGUCCAGAGUCCUGGAGCCGGGAUCAAACGGGCGUUAACAUAUCUGAAACAUUCUGGAUGAACACACAGAUUGAUACGCAGGAUCCGGAUGCCCGUGCAGAGAAUUAUGCACCCCUACGGAACAUCUCAACCACAUAUGUUGCCUACUAUCCUCCUUGUGAUCACAACGGCAACCCAAGAGCAGAUUGGGUAGGUCAGAGGGACGAUGCGGCUAACUGGAAAGGUUUCCAAGGCAGCUUGAUUUUAUGUCUUCAAACACUGAAUUCUACCUAUAACUUGACGAUGCAGACCAAGGUCAUUGACACGCAGAUCGACCUAGACUGGCAAAUAAAGCCAGGAGUUUCGAAUGAUAGCCAAUACCGGUACUGCGUUACGGGCCAGGACAAUGAGGAAUAUUGCGUGGGCGAUACGGACAUCACCGAAUGGGAAUACCUGAUGGCAAAAUCACUCACCGGUGCAGCCGCUAUAUAUCCCAACGAGGCCAACUAUAGCUUUACCGGUCAACUUGCCCCUAAUAUUGUUACAGACGUCCUCGGCGACAGCCCAGCGUACUGUAACGGAUCGACUGUAAAAGGAGGCUUCGAACGAAGGAUGAACAACAUUGCCAUCUCGAUGAGCAAUACCCUUCGUACCGGGAAAAACGCAGUUCCCCACCAAGGCAUCGAGUGGACCAAAGAGCAAUUCUUCGACGUCACUUUUUACUGGAUGUCGCCCCCACUCGCGAUAUACCUUACCAUAACGCUUUUCCUCUUUUCCACCAUCGUUACAUCGAGCAAAGCUGAUACACCACUGUGGAAGUCUUCGCCACUCGUCUUACUAGAGGCUACAAAUUCGUCGAAUCGUAUGCACAGUUUAGACCAAGUAGAGUUGGAGGCGCGUGGCACUUGUAUAAAGUUGCAACAAACAGGUGAGAACUGGCAUCUGCAGAAUAUGCCGGUAUCUAGCGUAACUAGAAAAGAGGGUAUUUAA